GCGGAGGCCCCACCUUCCACGGGUUCUGAGUGCGCUGGGAUGAGUCACGGGCUGGGGCGCUUGGAUUCCCAAAGGUGAGGGCCCGAGUCCUCGCGGGGCAAACGCCCGUGCUCCCCUCUACCCGCAGUGGCCUCGGCGGGGUGUCGCAGCUUCCACUGUCCCUGGGCUCCGGGGCUCCGGGCUGCCCUCAUGUAUGGCCCGAGCCCGGCGCGCGCGGCGCUGCUCCUCCUGGCCCUGCAGCUCGCAGCUCCGUGGCCAGUGGCGGCUGUGGAGAUUUAUACCUCCCGGGUGUUGGAGGCUGUCAACGGGACAGAUCUGCGGUUAAAAUGCACUUUCUCCAGCUUUGCCCCGGUGGGGGAUGCUCUGACUGUGACCUGGAAUUUCCGUCCUCAAGAUGGGGGGCCUGAGCAGUUUGUUUUCUACUUCCACGUGGGUCCCUAUCGACCCACAGCUGGACGUUUCAAGGACCGGGUUGUCUGGGACGGAAACCCAGAGCGGUAUGAUGCCUCCAUCAUUCUCUGGAAGCUACAGUUUGAUGAUAAUGGGACAUACACCUGCCAGGUGAAGAACCCACCUGAUGUGGAUGGGCUGAUAGGGGAGAUCCAACUCAGCGUUGUGCAAACCGCACGCUUCUCUGAGAUUUACUUCCUGGCUCUUGUGAUUGGCUGCGCCAGUGCCUUGAUGAUCAUAGUGGUCAUUGCAGUGGCCCUCUUCCAGCACUUCCGGAAAAAGCGAUGGGCCAAGAGAGCUCAUCAAGUGGUGGAGAUCAAAUCAAAAGAAGAAGAGAAGCUCAACCAAGAAAAGAAGGUCUCAAUUUAUUUAGAAGAUACGGACUAACAUUCUUAGGUGGCAGCUAAAGAUUUCCAAGAACAAGAGCCCAAGGAGAAGCUGAAGUCAAUGGAAACUUUGCUUUGGCUUUUCUUGUUGUGACCUGACUUCCAAGAAGCUUUGCACCCACUUAAACAACGACCACCAUCAGCCUAGGGCUCUUUCAGACUCAGACAGAGCAUGUUACUAAGGUUGCAUUUAAUUUCAGAGCACAAAUGGUUCUCAGAUGCUCAGUAGCUUUUGUCUACCGAGAAACGACGUUUUUGCUCCCGAACACUCCUUUAUUAUGACUUGUGCACACACACGUGCUGGCAUCAAAUGAGGAAAAAAACACCACCUCGUCGUGUCAUUUUCUUUAACAUACUAGUUUCUAGUUCCAUUUUUGUGGCGGUGCAGGAGAUUGAACCCAGGUUCGCGUGUGUACCUGGGAGGGCCUCCGACAGACUUCAGAUUUUUAGAGCAGCCGUGUUCAUUCACUCCCCACACGUUCAGUGAGAAUGUGAGAUGAUUUUUCUCAGCUGCUUUUUAACUGAUGAACAGAACGGGCUCCAUUCAAAUGGUUCAAUGAUAGUUAGGGUUUUCGGGCUAUCCUGGCGAACUCACUUUAGUUCUUUCAAGAUGAUAAGUUGGGUGUUUUUUCCUUUUUCUUCUUCUGAGCUGAUCCAAAGUUUACAAUAGUGUAAGUCAAGUUGUGAAAAGCAACCCAAGAAUGCAGCCUUUCCUAAAAAGUGAACGACUAGGUAUCUCCCCUUCUCUUCACCCCAUCCAAUGAUCUAUAUUAAUAGCAACUGAGCUAAGUCUAUGCUCUGAGGUUUCGACAUCUGUAGGCUGGAAUCAUUAAGUAAUUAGAGGAUGAAGACCAUAUACACAACGUAAAGAAUUUAGGGUUGCUGAGGAAAAGCAACAUUUAGUGAUAAGUUUUUUUUUUUUACAAUGCUAUGAAAAGUUCUGAAAACUGGAAGAAACUAUUUAAUUUUUUUGUUUGUUUUAUUUAUUUUUGAAAGAGAGGAUUUGGUAUGGGGAAAAACAAACAAACAAACAAAAAACCCCAAACCCAAAAACUAACAAUAAAGCUGGCUUUAUUCCACACAGCCCCACUCCAGUAUUAUAGAUAUUAAAACUUUUCAAGUAGGCUAUGGAAAGAAGGACAUUUUAUUAAGAAGUGACCAGUUCCCUAUGUUUUUCUGAUUUUAGGCUACAAUAGAAGUUAUAGAAAGGAACACUUGUUUAGUCACUCCCCAAAUCUUAGUGCCUAAUAUGGCUUGCUUGAAAAUGCUAUUUCUUCCAGCCAACUGGAAUUUUCAGACAGAUUCUCUGUCCUUAAAUAUGCUGAUUUUUGAUAAUUUUCCAUUACUUUGAUACAACUGGUCUACUUCCCAUAUGAACUUUGAUCUAUCUCUGCUUUUUAUACUAUUUAAAAAAGUAAAGUUUCAAAUCUGGAACUAAACCAAAAAUUAAGGUCUGUAUUAUCUUUAAUUUACAUUUAUAUUUUUUUUCCUGAAUCAAGUUUUGACACUGUAAUAACUGGAUAUUCUUCAAGCUGAUGGUUCUGUAAGUGUAAUGAAAAAGUAAUUUAAAAUUCAUAGAGUGGUUUUCCAGUGAGACUUGUAGCUCCUGUCUUGGCUAAAUAUUCCAGGGUUAAUAUGGCCCUACUAUUCAAUGUCUUCUUCCUAAAGAGAAUUUUUGUAUUGUAAUUUAUUUUUUAUUGUGCCUUAAACAUUUAUGUAAAUACAUUUUAGUAAUAAAGAAUUGUUAAUUACAUAACUUGCUAAUAUACAAACAUUUUACAUAGCAGGUGUCAAAAAACAGAUGGG